AUGAUUACAUCUUUGUUUGAAAAAAAAGAAGGCUCGGCGGUGGCGAUGAUCGGCGCCAACCUGCGCUUCGGCAGCGGCUCCACCACCAACUCGUCGCUGCAGGGCGGCCGGCAGUUCCAGUGCCACCCGGGCGGCGCCACCGAGGCCGCCGUCGUCUUCAGCCUGGGCGCGCUCGGCAUGGCCGCCAACGUCGCCCUCAUGGCGCUCAUACUCGCCAAGCGGCAGCUGCGCAGGUGGUCGCAGGGCCUGGUGUUCCACCAGGCGCUAGUGGACUGCGCGCGCGCCGCCAUCCUGCUGCCGCUGGCCGUCAGCAUCCUGCGCUGCCAGCCGGUGCACAAGUGCUCCCUCGUCGAGACGGCCUUCCUGCUGCUCGUCACCGUCUCCACCGUCAACAUGCUCACCACCGUGCUCAACGACUCCCCUGUCUUUCCGCAGGAUGACGAGACGGAGGAGCAGAGCCCGCUGCUGAUGGACUCGCCGCAGUGCGUGCUGUUCGGCACGUUCAUGAUCUGGUUCGCGUCGAUCACGAUCAACCUGGGCCCCACGUUUCUGAGCGGCGCGCUGGCCGCCAGCGCCGAGGUGAGCCACAACGCGCCCAGCUGUCCUCUGGUGCACGGGCCCUUCCGCCACUACGUGCUCAACGUGCUGUGGAUCGCCGUCAACGUCGUCUGCGUCCUGCUCACGCUCUUCCACCUGCACAAGCUGCACCGCGACCUCACCAAGGCCAACGUGCAGGCUGUGAGGGUGGCGGGCCUGGUGACGACGCUGGUGAGCGUGACCGGGGGCAGUGGCGGCGGAGCCACCGCGGCGGCGACGGGCCUGCCGGGGGCGGUGGGGGCGGGUGCCAUGUCCCGCGGCCUGCCUCCGGGGGCGGCGGCCGGCGAGAAGCUCGGGGGCGGCGCGCUGGCCGAGAGCCGGCGCAUGCGCAACUACCUGCAGCGCGUGGAGCGCGAGGGCGUGCAGCGCGUCAAGAUGUUCCUCGUCAUCACGGCCGCCUACGUCGUCUUCUGGGGGCCGCUCUUCCUCGUCACGCUCGUCCACCGGCCCGCGCUCGGCUCGCAGCUCGGCUACGAGAUCACGCUGCACGUGGCCUACGUGCACGCCUUCGUGCAGCCGACGCUGUUCCUCGUGCUGCACCACGGCCUCCGCCAGGCGGCCCUCGAGUCGUGCUGCCGCCCACGUCGCUCCUCGAACCUUUGA